GCACACGCUAAGGCUAUUUGUUUACUUAUGUAGUGAUAUGUAAUAUAUAAAGAAAAUCCCCACUGCAGGCUUGAUUGUCUGAAUUCUUAGUGCCGGCGGCUGGCCACUUUGAUCAUUGACCACUGUUCGCUACUGGAUCUGUCAGGGCUCAGAGCCGCCGACUAGUGAUUACAGCGUAUUGAAGAGUGAACUCUGAAGACAGGAUUGAAUAAUGAUCACUGACCGAUCAGUAGGACGUGGAAAUAUUCUAUUUCUUUUCUAUGUUUAACUGAAGAAUGAUGAGCGAAGACUGGAUUAUGGAACAUUAAUGCAUUAUUAUAACCACUGAUAAAGAAGUACCUGCAUUUUUGCAUUAACGGGUCCUCGUUCUAUGCUACAGUGCAUAACGUAUUAACUUCCGUAAAUUUCAUAGUUGAAUACACAGCCUUUAAAAUUUUUAUUCGCUUCUCUCACUAGUCAGUAGUCUCACUACCUGCCGGUUAAAUUCAAGUACCUAUAUCAUAGGCAAAUUGUAGUAUCAACUUCCCAGUUCUUUUCUUAGACAUCUUUUUGUACGUUUCACACUGGUCUAAAUACGACGCUAGAGUCAUCAUGGAAAAUCUAGCUGAUAAACAAAUAAGAAUUGCUAGAGCAUUGCUGAAUCUUGGUCAUUCAUAUAUACGUACUGUUAACAUAGAAAAUUCAGAAGAAGAAAGUGGAGAAACUGAAGAGGGAGAAACUGAUAGUGAAGAAGCUGAAAGCGGGGAAAAAGAAGUACAAAAAGAAAUUAAAGUGAAUAAACAACAGAACAUAGAAGAAAAGCAAGAGAAAUAUGAUAAACAAUAUACUAAGAAAGUAAAUAGGAAACAACAGAAAUUAGAAAAAAAAUCAAAGCUAGAAGAUAUACCACAAUACUUUUAUAAAGAUAUACAACAAAAAUCUAUCAAAAUUUCACCAGUUAAAAUUGAUACAAAAAAGCAUGAGAUUGAAAAAAAAGUUGCAAAUAAAUCUUAUGAGGAUAAACACCAUAAGUUAAAUAUUGACUUACCAAAAGAAUUAAAUAACAUUGUACAACAAAAGUUAGAAUGCGCAGAAGAAUUAAUUGGAGAAGAACAAGAUGAGUUAAGUAAGAAACAGCAAAAUUUCGAUAUAGACGAUCAGCCAAAAAUUGUUAUAGAUAAAGAAUAUGAAUGUAAUGAUGAACUUACUAAAGAGUCUGAAAAAGAAAAACAGGAAUUACAAAUACAAUUACUGAUUGAAGCCCCACCAAUGCCUGGUGCAGAAGUAGAGUUAUAUUUAGAUAUAGGAGUUGAAAAAUUUGAUGUAAACCAGCAUGAAGAGCUUGGAGAAGAUCAACAUUUUGAUGAAGUAAAUAAAUCACAAGAAACUGAAAGAGAUAUCCAAGAUAAAAUAAAUACAGGAUCAAUUCAAAAUACCAAAGAACUAUUUUAUAAUACAAAUAGAAAAGAAGAUUUUAAAGAUCUACAGCAAGAUGAUGAUGAAGAAAAUAUGGAUGAAAAUCAUAAAAGAAUACUACAAGAAAUCGAAUCACUUAUAUUUGAUUUACAAGAUAAAGAAAAAUUAAAGAACAAUAUAAAUGAAAAAGAAGAAGAAUGUGACGAAUUAUUAGCAUUACGAAUUGCAAAAAUAACAAAGGAAAUUGAACAAUUAGAGUUAGACAUGGAUCAAGAGCAUGAUGAAGAAUUAGAAAGAGAGUAUAAUGAUGAAUUUAAUAGUAUGUUUUCAAAAGAAGUCAAAGAAAAGUUCUUAGAAAAACUACUUCUCUCAUUUAAACAAGAAUCUGCACCAUUCUAUCAAAGAAUUGAAAAUUUGCUUAACAAUUAUUUUCCAACCAAAUUAGAUAAAAUUAAUGGUAAGAUAUCAAUAGAUCCUAAUCAUUCCAAAUUUAAUGAAAAUCUUAAAGAAAGGUCUGAUUUGAGCAUUGAUAAAAUGAAAGAAAAACAAGAAGAAUCUAAUAAUAAAAUGAAUAAAUUUAAGGAAAUUGAAGAAGGGUCUAAUGUUAACACUUGCACAUUUGAAGAAAUGCCAGAAGAAUCUGACAUAGAAAUGAAAAAAUUUGAGGAUAAAGCAGUACAAGAAAAGUCUACCAUAGAAAAUGAAAAUGAAAUACAAGAAGACUCUGAUGUAGAUGUUGUAGGAUUUGAUGACAAAGUAAAUGAAAACUUGGAAUGGAACUUACAAAUAGAAUCUGAAUUAAAUACAGAUGAUUCUGAUAGGCAGUCGUUACAAGACAGUGAAGAAGAAAUAGAAAAAUUAAAUGAAGAUGUUAACAUAGUAACUGAAAUAGUUGAUGAUUAUGAAGUUAUUGAAUCUUCUUCAGUAGAAGAACUUAGUCCAAUUGAAGAAUCUGAUUUUAUGGAAAACGAAAUUAGUUUUACAGAUGAUGAAUUUAGUUCUACAGAAAUGAAACAGUGUAAUAGAGAAGUACAUCAAAAGAUUGAUAAAGAAGGACAAGUAAAAUAUAUUGAUAGUAUACACAAAUUACAAGAAAAUGUACAUGAAAAAGGUAAUAAUGAUAAAUCUCAGAAAUUUGAAGAUUUGCAAUUACCAUUGGAAAUAGAAAAUAUUCAAGAUUUAGACGAAAUACCUUUAAAACUGAAAAUACAACAAGAACAGUUAGAAGAAAAAUUACAUCAACAAAUGAAAACAUUUCAAGAAGAGUUUUAUAAAAAUUCAAAAUUAGAGUAUGACAAAGAACAACAGUUAAAAGGUAAUACAUUAAAUGACCCUGUUUAUGAUAAACAGCAAAAAUUGUUUUAUAAGCUAAAAGACAAAUUUCAAAAAACAAAAGAAGAAUAUAAAGAUUUAGUACAACAAAAAAUGAUUGAAGCUUUACAACAAAAAGUUGAUGAAAAACAGUUAUUGGAAAUGAAAGAAUUUCCAGAAGAGUUUGUUGAGCCAAAUUUAGAAAUAGAAGAUCUCCAUAAAGAAGUUUUGCAAUUAGAACGUGAAUGUACUGAAUUAGAGCCUGAAUUUAGUUAUAAUAUACCAUUAGUUAUCGAUGAAAAACCAAGCAAAAAAAAGACUAAAAAAGUCAAGUAUAAUUUAUUUGAUAAAUUACACGAAAUACAUAGAAAAAAAUUAUGUUUUUUUGCUGAUUCUAAAGAGUGGCCUGAAAAAUAUUUAUACCCAUCAUGUUUGCUGGAUGAAUUAUUUGAUGAUCCUUCAGAGGUUAAUCCAAAUGUCUUUGUGAUUACCUUGUACUCUGUAGAUAUAGGUUAUUCAAUUAAAAUAACUAUGAAAAAGGAUGAACCACCAGUUGAAACAUUUUAUAGUUACGCCGAAGAUACAAUAUUAGAAUUUGUGGAAAGAGAACAACUUCCACCAAGUUUAUUGCAUUUAUUUGAUAAAGCUGAACCAAUGUUAUUUUAUAACGGACGUGUUAUAGCAGAAAUUCAUAAUAAGUAUCAUGCUGAUGAAUUAACAAGAGUGUAUCGAAUUUUAUUGCAUCCUCAUAGUUUGUCCAUUCAGAGUGAUUUAAAUCGAAUAAUUGCUCAAUGUAGUCCUGCCCAUUGUUCAUAUGAACGAAGAUUAAAGAUAGAGAGUGAAUUGAUAAGACUAAACUUUCCAGUCAUGUGUAUGGAUCCGUCACCUCUUGCUGGUUUAACUGUUCAGUUACAACAUCAAUUGUUAAGUCGCCGAACCAUAACACUAAACCCACUAAAAGUAAUAAAUAAUGAUUCUUCCAAAUUUGAAAUGGAUUUAUUAAAUAAGUCGCAAGAAGAUACAUUACCUAAAACAAAGUUGAAUAAAUCACAAAAAUCAUCUUCAAAAUUGAUGGAGGAUACUGCAAGUGACAAUAUAGUUCAUCAUCUUUUAUGGAAGUUUGAUUUCCGUAUACUAACAUUUAAACUUAUCAAAUUAUACGUUUUUGUUAUAACUGAAACUCGAGAAUAUUCUAUGUUAUUGUGUAUGAAUUCAAAAGUUCCACAUGCUCUGAAGAUGAGGUUUAAGAUAAAUCUUGAAACAAAUAAGUUAAAAGCCUAUAUUGAUGUGGUAUUACAAAUUCUUAAACAAAAAGUUAAUCCUGAUAUUAUAGCCGUGCGGCGAUAUAAAAGUGAUGAUAAAUCAGUGCCUCGAUCUAUUAUGUGUGUUCCAUUAUUGUUGAAUGAUCAUAUUUAUGAACCUAGUCCAACAGAUAUUUGUAAGUUGCUAGAUGAAUUGUUAGUAAACAUACAUAAAAAUCAACCUGACCAACAAAAGACUGAUGAAACAAAAAAAAAAUUAAAAGUAAAUAAAAAGAUGGAUUCAAAGAAGAAAAAUAUUAAUUUUGGUAGUUCAAAAACAUUACCAAAAAAUUUAGGAGUUAAUACAGAUCAAAAAAAGAAAAAACGAGUUCAAGCUUUUGAAUCAAAAAAAUCAAUUCCGCGUAAAGUUGAAUCAUUGUCGACAAACACAGUAUCUGCAGAUUCAUUUUCAGCUAAAGAAGUACCUUUAGUAUCAAGUUUUUCUAAUAUAAUACCAUCAGUAUCAAAUAAUGUUACUGUAGUAUCAUUAGAACAGUGUUCAGCAUUAUCACCAGUACCAAGCACUACAACUGUAAUGUCAUUUGUACCAAGAUAUAAAACAAUUUUUUCAUCUGAUACUUUAAAUAAUGAUUAUCAACUAGCAUCCAAAAAUGUACAACAAUUUAAAGAUCAUAGUAUAAGCAGCAAAAAUGUGCUAUCUAAAUCAGUUACACAAUUAAAAACUGAUCAUAAAAAAUGUUUGGAAAAAAAUGAUAUUUCACUGGAAACAUUAUUUGAUAAUACGAGCAUAAACAGUCGAUCACCUAUGUACAAUUUUGUAAAAGAUAAUAAUAAAUCAGAAUUAAGUUCUCGUGAUGAUGCAAUGACGAAUAUAACAGUUGUAAAACAUGUCCAUCGUAAUUCAAUUUGUCUGAAAGGUUCAGAAAUCACUAUUAACAAAGAUAAAUUGCCUCUAAUAGCUGAUAUAACUGAAGAAACAUUUCUAAAUGAUCCUAAUACUACAUAUCAGGAGACUACACAAGUUGAUGAUAAUUCAACUACAAAUAUAGAUUGUUUGCCUAACUUACAAGUUACAUUACCAAAUUCCGUUAUUACACUGUAUCCAGCAUCAUUAAACGAGUCCAAAAAUCAACAUCAGAACAAUGAUGUUUCAUUUCAAGAAAUAAAUUAUACUUCUUUCUCAAAUACUGAAGAUAUCAAAGCUGCUAAACGAAAACGCACCUCAUAA